AUGUCGAAGCGCCGUAAUCUCGACGGUGUCGCUUCGCUUCGCGGCUUCCUUGCCAAGGCUGGUGAUGACCUUGACGCCACGCCCAGCAGCCAGUCGAAGGCUCAGAUCAAGAAGAAGGCUGCAUUCGAUCCCCGCGCCGAAGACAGCGACAGCGAGAGCGAACCCGCCAGCAACAGUGACAGUGACAGCGAUGGCGCCCUUCCCGACCCUGCGUCCUGGAAUCGCCUGAACAAGUCGACAUCGACUCCUACCAGCCAGAAGGGAAUCGCGCCCUCCAAACGUACCCCUCGCAGCAACGAAGAGGAGGUCGCCGAUAGCGACGACGGACGCGAUUCCAAGCAAAACAAGAAAGUUGUUGUCAAGAAGGCCCCAUCCUCUUCCUCCGACUCUUCCUCCGGCUCUUCCUCCGAACCUACCGCCAGCUCUGACUCGAGCGACUCCGUAGACGAGGCGCCCGCCAAGAAGAAUAUUAAGACGACUCCUUCGAAGAAGGAAGAAGACACAUCGUCCAGCGACUCGUCCUCUCCUGCCGCCUCUGGCAGCGACUCGGAUAGCGAUUCAGGCAGCGACGAUAACGCCUAUAGCAAGAAGGCUGCCAAAUCUCUGAUGAAUGGCAAGGCAGCGCCUUCCAAGAAGGCUGCGUCAACUUCCAGCUCCGCCUCAAGCUCUGCUUCCGGCUCCAAGAGCGAGGCUGAAGAGCCUACCAAGAAGAGCAAGAAGGCCAGAACCAAGAAGACGGCCCCCAAAGAGGAAACUCCUGAAGAGAGCUCAGGGAGCGAGGAAAGCGAGGCGGAAGAGCCCACCAGUGCUGUUGAGACUGAGAAGGAGGCCGAGAAGGUGGCCGAACCUCUUGCCGUUGCGCCGCAACCCAAGAAGACUGCUACAAACGGCUUCCAGGGCGAGAACUUUGUCUUGCGCCCUGUGCAGGGCGAUGAGGACGGCAAGGAUGUGCAAGACUUUUUCGCCCAGGCGAGACGUGAGGGCAAGCAGUUGUGGUACUUCACCGCACCCGCCUCUGUCCCCAUUAACGUCAUUGAGCAGCUCGAGAUUCCCAUCCACAAGAUCCGCAACGGCGAGCCGGUCUUCAAGCAUGACGGUGGAGACUACGGCGUCAACGUCAGCAACGAAGUCGCGAACCCUACCUAUCAGGUCCUCAUUCCGAACAAGAAGGGAGUCCGCUAUGAGCCCCUCGCGCAAAACGUCGAUCAGGUCAUGCGCAUCAAGCGCAUCAUCCAGGUUCCGAGCCCUGCCAACGCCGAGGUUGCCACUCUGCCCCUGGCAUCCAGCAAGGGCGCCCGCCCUCAGCCCAAGGGCCUCAAGGCUAGAUACCACCCUAUCGGCGUGCCUGCAGACGAGGAUAUGGGCCGGAUUGGAUCCGAGUCCGGUGUCGAGGCGGAGGACGUUGAGAUGACGCAAGCCCCCGAGGCGCCCUCUUCCAGCCAAAAGUCCAGCAAAAAGGCGUCGACCACUACCAAGAAGGCAAAGCGCAAGGCGGCCGAGGUCGAUGAAGACGCUGCUUCCUCUCAACUCGUCGGAGAGGAGGAGGCUGCCCUGAAGAAGAAGAAGAGCAAGAAGCAGAAGCGCUCGGCCGAGGACACGCCAACCUCUACCCCCGCUGCGGCCUCUCAGGAGCUCCACACACCAAGCCAGCCCGAGCUCCCGGCGCCCAAGUCUGGCAAGAAGGCCAAGAAGGCCGCCCUGGCUGCGCCCUCCAGCUCGCAGGUGUCUAAGAAGGAGACGCCGAUCCUGCCGCCGGCGGUGCCGCACCGUGCGUCUGUCUCCUCGCCGAUUGUGAAGAAGGAGAAGAAGAGCAAGAGCUCGUCCGCCACGCCAAAGCCGAAGUUGAAGCAGGAGCGGCCGCCAAGCCCGUAG